UCCAUGACAAAUUAGAUGAUAUGAAUUCCGAACCAGAUAACCUUACUAAACAUAUAGAAAGUUCUCGGAUUGAACCAUUCGAGAAAACAAUUUCAGACUUAAAUAUUUACAUAGAUGGCCAUCAAUUUAUUAAACUUGUGGAUUCCGCCGAGGAUAGCUUGGUGCAUAAAUAUAAGUGGCAAAAGAAUGAUUUAAUAGUUUUUCAUAAAAGUUUUGAUGUUGAUUCAAACUUAGACGAGAAUAUAAUCAAAGAAAUUUUGAAUGAGGUAUUAUUAAUGUUUAUCUAA